UUUUAGCCAUAGGUCCCAAUGGUAUAAAAUGGAAAUAAUAAUUUUAAUAAUCUUUAUUAUUGCAAAAGCUUUCCCUGAGGAUUAUUGAGUUAAUAAAUAUUAAAAUGUUUUACUUUGGGAAACCAUCAUGGCUCAUCUCUAGUCACUGAAAUGGAAAGGUCUCUAACCAAAGAAACUUUCAGCACAUGGAGAGGUAGGCUCAGAAAUGGAUCUUUUCUUAUAAGAUGACCAGGCAUACAUGAUAGUAUGCAUAGAGUCCUAUAGUAUCCCAGAGGACAAAUACCUGGUUCAGCUGAAUAGCAGCUGAAUAGCAAGGUCUAAGCAUGUUAAAGAUUUUUAGAACCAAUGCUUGUGUUGAAUAUUUAAAAAUAAGUUGAGCAUGGCAGUUCUAUGAAUGUUAUUCUCAGUAUUGAUAUACCUGUUUCUUUCCCUUUUAGGACAGCUGAUUUACCAAGUUCAAUCACCUGAUGAAGGGGCUUUAGUGACUGCUGCUAGAAACUUGGGAUUCAUUUUUAAGUCUCGGACCCCAGAGACGAUAACAAUAGAAGAAUUGGGAACGCUUGUUACUUAUCAAUUGCUUGCCUUUUUGGAUUUCAACAAUAUCCGAAAAAGGAUGUCUGUCAUAGUUCGGAACCCAGCUGGGCAGAUAAAACUUUAUUCCAAAGGAGCAGAUACUGUUCUGUUUGAAAAACUUCACCCUUCCAAUGAAGAGGACCUUCUGUCUUUGACGUCAGACCAUCUCAGUGAAUUUGCAGGGGAAGGCCUUCGAACCUUGGCAAUUGCUUACAGAGAUCUGGAUGAUAAGUACUUUAAAGAGUGGCAUAAGAUGCUUGAAGAUGCAAAUGCUGCCAUAGACAAGAGGGAAGAACAGAUAUGUGGACUGUAUGAAGAAAUUGAAAGAGAUUUGAUGCUACUAGGUGCCACAGCUAUAGAAGAUAAGUUACAAGAAGGUGUUAUUGAAACGAUUACAAGUUUAUCAUUAGCCAAUAUUAAGAUCUGGGUUCUAACAGGAGACAAACAAGAAACUGCUAUCAACAUUGGUUAUGCCUGCAACAUGUUGACUGACGACAUGAAUGAUGUGUUUGUGAUAACAGGGAACACUGCAGUAGAAGUGAGAGAAGAACUCAGGAAAGCAAAGGAAAACCUGUUCAGACAAAGCAGGAGUUUUUCCAAUGGCCAUGUAGUUUGUGAAAAGAAGCAGCAGUUGGAGCUGGACUCGGUUGCAGAAGAAAUCAUGACAGGAGAUUAUGCCUUAGUCAUAAAUGGUCACAGUUUGGCUCAUGCCCUAGAAAGUGAUGUCAAGAAUGAUCUCUUAGAGCUUGCCUGCAUGUGUAAGACUGUGGUUUGCUGCAGAGUCACCCCACUCCAGAAAGCCCAAGUAGUAGAACUGGUGAAAAAGCACAAGAAUGCUGUGACUUUGGCCAUCGGUGAUGGAGCCAAUGAUGUCAGCAUGAUUAAAAGUGCUCACAUCGGUGUUGGCAUUAGUGGCCAGGAAGGAUUGCAAGCUGUCUUAGCCAGUGACUAUUCCUUUGCACAGUUUAGAUAUCUCCAGAGGCUUCUCCUUGUUCAUGGGAGGUGGUCCUAUUUCCGAAUGUGCAAAUUCUUGUGCUAUUUUUUCUAUAAGAAUUUUGCAUUUACACUUGUGCAUUUCUGGUUUGGAUUCUUCUGUGGUUUCUCUGCCCAGGUUGGUAAAAAGCACUUUUGUUUCUCUGUAAUAUCCCAUGAAUGACAAAUGACUCUUCUUUGUAGCUCUUUACUAAUAAAGAGCAUUUUUAUAUGCUGGACACAAGUGACAGUACUAUAAUUAUGUAAUUGAUAAUUGACUCAAGCUUUAAAUCUAGUUUAAGAAGAAUAUAUGUUUAGUUGUUUGAAUUUUAUGUAUUUAUUUUCUUAUUUACAUUGUAACAAAUGAGUAAUCCUUCCACUUACCUUUUAGUUUGUAUUGAAAUGUUUUAGUGUGGUGGCAAGUGAGCUUGAUAAAGAAUUUUAAUUUUAAACUGAAAACUGAAGCACGCUAAUAAGAAAUGUUGAAGUAUCUUUUAUGGGAAGACAGUUAAUCACUUAAUACACUGAAUAUAUAUGGACUGAGAGUAAAUAUGUUUUACAUCAGGGAGAGGUAACUGAUACCCUGAGAUCAAAGCUGUUUUGGCAGCAACAACUCUCCAGCUAAAAGUUGAUCUACAGAUAAUAUUGGUAGCAAGUAAAUAAACUUAGCAAAUUAAAAAUUAGGAUUCUAUUUUUAUGUCUACAAAUGGAUAACAACUUAAUUUUGAUCAUAUACACAAAAUCUACACAUUUGACUCCCUUCACAUUUUAUUAUUUUGAUGUCAUACUUUACAUCUCUUUAUAAUUUAUGUCCCUUAAC